AUGGCGUCUAUAUAUAUAUAUGCAACCAAUGCCUCCAUGUCUACCCAAACUUCCGGCAGCACCGCCCCUUCCUCCUCCACUGAGGAGCCCAAGCACUUCGACAUGAAAAAGUGGAGUUCGGUUGCCUUCUGGUCCUGGGAUAUUGCCGUGGAUAAUUGUGCGGUUUGCAGGAAUCACAUCAUGGAUCUCUGUAUCGAAUGCCAAGCCAACCAAAUACACGGUGCCGAUAAUGAAUGCACUGUUGCGUGGGGUGCAUGCAACCAUGCAUUCCACUUUCACUGCAUCAGUCGAUGGCUGCAGCACCGGUCAGUGUGUCCUUUGGAUAAUGCUGAAUGGGAGUUCCGAAAGUAUGGUCGCUAG